AGAACGAAACAUUGAGUCUGCACUCAGAGCUUUUCCAGAGGGACCCUUCAAGCGCGCUCUAUGUUCCUGUCGCCAAAAUCAGUAUUUGACGGGCCCCGAAGCUCUAAGCGGCCAAAUCAUUUUGCGCAUUGCACAACAACAAUGUGUAAGUGUUGUGAGGAUGCAAGGGGGUUCAAGAUCAAUUCUCAAAACACUAUGGAUGAUACUAUGAUUGUAUACGCUCAGAUGGUCAAGGCAGACCUGGUAGGAAGGAAGCGUUCCUUUGUGAAAGAUGUGAUCAAUGCUUAUGUCUGGGGGGUGCUAGUACUUUCUUUUUACAAUGUCUUUCAGUCUUGCUAGGACUUUGAUGGCUAUGCUGCUCUAUCUGUGAACUAAUAUUUGGAAUAAUCCAAGUCGUUGGUGUCGCU